UGAGGUAGUCAAGUUGUAGCACUUGUUUCUUGUGUGUGUAACUAAACAAUAAACCUAAUUCAGAAAACCCAGAAAAACAUGGCUGCAAUGACUUGUUUGAAUUUCCAUGUUUACCAUUAAACAUGAUUUGAGGUUAUUUUCCAAAUAUGCCUUGUAUUUUUUAGAGGGCUUAAUUUUCUUUUAGAAGCAGGAACAACUUAAGAGGGACAUCUUGUGGCGCUUUUGUGGAAGUUAUAAAUGAUGCACAUUAGAAAAACAACGCUUUUUGAUAGUAUAUUUUUUUGAAGGAUUAAUACACUUGAAACACGUGGAAAAGGGUAAAUAGGUUAUGCAAACUUUAAUCUGGAUGGAAACGAUGGUUUUGUAUUAUUUUGUUUUGUUUUGAUCUCUGCGCUGGAACGUGCAAAAUACAACACUGAAGGCUCAGAAUUCUAUUUUCCUUUUAAAAACACAGAAGGGAAGCGUAUGUAUAGUUGCAUUUCAUUGGUAAUUGUGUAAUAUUAGAAAUUAUUGAUCGUUUUUAUACAGCAAGCAGCUGGUAUGACUACUCGGCUUCACAAUGUAUCUAAACACUUGUUCGAUUUACUCAAAGAUAGUAAAAAAUAAAUAAAUACAUCACUCAUCACAUAAGUGUGUCACGUGAUUUGAGGUAAUGAGCACUGGCUCCUUGUUGAAGUGAAGGAUGCAAAAAACAUUCGGCAACCAGGAAGUGAAGAGCAGCAGUCGUCAACCCGUGCACCAAUUUUAAUGGAGGUCUCUGUGCAUGAUAAAACUAUUGAAGCAGCUGAAGCUCUGCUGCACAUGGAUUCACCGUCCAGCUUGCAGGGUGAUCGCAGCACAGAGGAGCUUUUAUCAGAGGUGGAGGUGGAAGUGAGAACAGAGGAUAUGGGACCCGUUGCCAAGGAUAUUGUUGUCCUGCAGGAGAACGAUUUACUGAAGAAGAAAAAGAGAGCAGGACGAAAAUCCAGAACUCCAGGGAGUUUCUGUGAUGGUUCCCUGGAUAUGGUCUAUAAGAGGAAAUCAAAAGAAAGCAAGGGCUCAACCACUUACCUGUGGGAGUUCCUAUUGGACCUUCUUCAGGACAAGGAAACCUGUCCGAAGUAUAUUAAGUGGACUCAGAAAGAGAAGGGCAUAUUCAAGCUUGUGGACUCCAAAGCGGUGUCUAAAUUAUGGGGCAGACAUAAGAAUAAACCUGAUAUGAACUAUGAGACAAUGGGGCGAGCACUCAGGUAUUACUAUCAGCGGGGCAUUUUAUCAAAAGUGGAAGGACAAAGACUUGUGUAUCAGUUUAAGGAGAUGCCCAAAGACAUUGUUUUCAUAGAUGAUGACAAUAUGGACGACAGCAUUGACGAAGGAAAAAGAGAAUUCCCAGCUGCAUCCAAUCGCAGCAAUUCAAAAGGCAAAGGGACUCCAGUCUCUCCCUCUACUACUGUACCUAAAAUCAUCAAUCUAACCUCAGGACAAGAUGCCUUCAUGACUGUGCAACAGUCGCCAGACAACAUAGCCACAGCCCCUGGGACAGUGAGGCUUGCCAUGCAAGUUCCUGUACUUAUGACAACACAGGGUCAGAAAAUCUCCACAGUAACUGUCAACUCUCCCACCGUCCGCUCUCCGAUCCUCACUGCGGCCAACUCAGUCACUGGGGGUAACAACACAGGCAAAGUGGUAUACCAGGCCGUGCCAACGCUAGUGCCUGCUCAGGGCCAAAGCGGUGAGAGAAUCACCUUGCAGCUCAUCACCCUUCCCACCAUGCCUGGCAAACCCGGCACUCCCAUCACUCUGAGCACACUCUCCCCCGUCACCGUGCCUACCAGCAACGCCCAAGUCCUGAAGCUCACCGUCCCCUCCAACAUCUCCACGACUGCCUCCACAGCUCCUGCAACUGUGGUGACCUCGCAGCCGGGAGUGACCGUGGUGCCGAACGCACAGCCAGCGAUGUCUUUACAGGAUGUGACUAUUAUUAAGGUUGAAACUCCUGAGGUUUCUUUGGAUCAGACAGUUAACAUGGCUGCGGAGAACACACCGAGCACACAGACGAACCCCACCACCACACAGAGCUGAGCAAACAUCAGAUAUCACUGCAUUCCCUCACAGGAACCAACAUCAAUGCUUGUCACACAGAUGCAAAUAAAACAAGUGAUGUGAAGAGUGGCUGUCUCUUAUGUGAAACGCUUGUUCACACUCAACACUAUAACCACCGUGUGUAGCCUGAGCCUGGGUUAGACUUUUCUUUCUUAAAUAUAGCUAUUCAAAUCACGCUUUGUUAUAGCAUACCAUCUGUGCUGUGAUGCUGUAGGAACAAACCUCACUUGGUGCUAAAGACUGAGAGGAAGACACAUGGGUAAAGACAAACCGCCAAGAUUUUGAUCACCUGGUAAUUUGGAGCAUAAAAUAAUCUGCAUAGACAUACAAUUCCUGUAGUUAAUGAUAAUAAAACAAACAGCCUUAGGUCAGCUUUUUCCUCCUAAAUCAUUACUAAAAGUAACUGAUUAUGCUUUGUGUAAAUAUGAGAUUUUGUUUUGCUAUUUUGUACCAAGAUGUUUUUUUUUCUUUUUUACAGUUCAAAGGAAA